AUGUUCAGCAACGUUGCACAACAGCGCGCGACGUUGCCAGCUGGCGCGCAACAUGACGCGCGGCUCUUUGUUUGUUUAGAGUACAAGGUAGUUGAGCAUCAAUUGUUGUCGAGUGGAGACGUGACGCGCAACAAUGUCUGUAGAAAGAAGAAAAGAAAGAUGAAAGUGAAGAUGAAGUGCAAAGUGACACAGAAGAAGGAAGAGCAAAGCAAUACUGAGCAACCAGUCUCCACAUCGGCCUUUCGUAGGAUCGUAGCCUUGCAACAGAGGACUGUCAGAGGUAAGAAUAAAUAUUGUUGGUCGACGUCAAAGCCAACGUGGCGUGGUAGAGUCUCGGCGGUAAAUGUUGUCCGAACUCAAAGAGGUCCAAGCCGCGUGUGCCGUAAUAUAUAUGACCCCGUCAUAUGCUUCAAUAUGUUUUUUACUGAUGCGAUAAUUAUGGAAAUCGUACGUUGGACUAACGCCGAGAUAUCAUUGAAAAGACGGGCUUCAAUGACAGGUGCUACAUUUCGUGAUACAGAUGAGUAUGAAAUUCGCGCUUUGUUUGGUAUUCUGGUAAUGACAGCAGUGAGAAAAGAUAAUCAUAUGUCUACAGACGAACUCUUUGAUCGAUCUUCGUCAAUGUUGUACGUCUCUGUGAAUGAUAAACAUUGCCUGCAUUAA